AUGAUUCUGAGUAAACUGUCUUCACCACAACUCAGCUCGCUGCCUUCCAAACUACGAACUUCGCCAACGCUAUCCAAAACGCCCCUGGCUAAUCCCCUGAGGACAUCCUCCAACGCACCGCUGAAAAAAGGCUCGAAAAAAGUUUCCUCCUUCUUUAAGAAAAUCGGCUCUGAGUGGUCGGGGCUUCUAUAUCGUCUCAAGGACAUCUCCCACGACGUACACUCGGAAGAAGAAGAGGUGGCCGAGCUUUUCGAAGAUACCGGGCCUCUUGAUAUCGAUCGCUUGUCUAAGGUUGGAAGACAACUUACCGACGCCGAGGAGCAGUUCAUGAGAGACUACAAGAGAUACAAAGACUUGAACAAGGUGUUUGAAAUGCAUCAACUAGAGAACGGCACCGCUGCAAACAGCGAACAGGAUAUUGAAGAUAUCGACCGUCUCAUGUUUAAAGACUUGAAUAUGGUUAAGCUCAAGGAUAACCUCAUCAACCAGGUGCGUGCAUCUCCACAGUACAAUUCCGACUCCUCCACAGAUACCCGUUGCAGUCAAGUCGAGCAACAAACGCUGAGUGUUGGAGAGAUCUUAUGGGAGUACAGAAGAGCCAAGUGGCUCUCGUACGGUAGGGUCACUGACGAGAUGAUCGCUGAAAAGGUCAACCUGAGACGUGAAGAAGCGUCUAUCAAGCAUAUUCCUAAGGAGCUCUACCCUAGGAUCUACACCAACUUGGUGGAUAAGGGGAAGUGCUUGAAGGAUGAUAAACGCAUAAAUUUGGAGGAUCUCGUUGAAGUGAUCAACGAAGGUUGGAAAAAGGAAGAGAGAUGGACGCGUGCCGCCGAAGGCUUGCCAUAA